GCCUGUGCUGCAGCGACCGGCCACCGGAGGGGGGCGAACCCACGUCAACCUGUUGUUUGUCCGGUCCCCAUUGAUCUAGCCAGCGCCACAAGGAAGUGCGGCACCCACACGCUCUUGGAAAGUUCAGCAUGCAGGAAGUUUGGAAAGAGCGGGGCAAGUAGCUGGAGGGCACGGCAGCGCAGGGCAGAGCAGGCAGCGAAGGCGCGGAGCGGCGCAGCAGAGGUCCACCGGCCCAACCCGGUGGGCUUUAUUUAUUUAUAUAUUCAUUUCUGGAGAGACGCUGUCCCUAGGUCGCUGAUCCCAAAUGCACCGACUCAUUUUCAUCUCCAUUCUUGUGUGCGCGAACUUUUGCAGCUAUCGGGACACUUUUGCGACUCCGCAGAGUGCAUCCAUCAAAACUUUGCGCAAUGCCAACCGGAGGAGAGACGAGGGCAAUCACCUCACAGACUUGUACCGAAGAGAUGAGAACAUCCAGGUGACAGGCCAUGGCCACGUGCAGAGUCCUCGCUUCCCCGGCAGCUACCCCCGGAACCUGCUCCUCACAUGGCGCCUCCAUUCCCAGGAGAAAACACGCAUACAGCUGGCCUUUGACCAUCAGUUUGGAUUAGAGGAAGCAGAAAAUGACAUCUGUAGGUAUGACUUUGUGGAAGUGGAAGAUAUCUCUGAAACCAGCACUGUCGUUAGAGGAAGAUGGUGUGGCCACAAGGAAACCCCUCCAAGGAUAACGUCAAGAACAAACCAGAUUAAAAUUACAUUCAAAUCCGAUGAUUACUUUGUGGCAAAACCUGGAUUCAGAAUUUAUUAUUCACUUGUGGAAGAUUUCCAACCUGAAGCAGCCUCAGAGACCAACUGGGAAUCAGUCACAGGCCCCAUCUCUAAGCUCAAUGAAACCAAAUGCAUGGUGCAGUUGAAGGAGAUACAUGGGGUGUCCUAUCACUCUUCAUCAGUAAUGGACCCGACGCUCACUGCUGAUGCUCUGGACAAAACAAUUGCAGAAUUUGAUACUGUAGAAGAUCUGCUUAAGCACUUCAAUCCAGAGUCUUGGCAAGAUGAUCUAGAAAAUUUGUAUCUGGACACCCCUCAUUAUAGAGGCAGAUCAUACCAUGACCGGAAGUCCAAAGUGGACCUGGACAGGCUCAACGAUGACGUCAAGCGUUACAGUUGCACUCCCAGGAAUCACUCGGUCAAUCUUAGGGAGGAGCUGAAGUUGACCAAUGCAGUCUUCUUCCCGAGAUGCCUCCUCGUGCAGCGCUGUGGGGGCAACUGUGGUUGCGGAACUGUCAACUGGAAGUCCUGCACCUGCAGCUCAGGAAAGACGGUGAAAAAGUAUCAUGAGGUAUUAAAGUUUGAGCCUGGCCAUUUCAAGAGAAGAGGCAAAGCUAAGAACAUGGCUCUCAUAGAUAUCCAGUUGGAUCACCAUGAGCGGUGUGACUGUGUCUGCAGCUCAAGACCACCACGAUAAGACACCAUGCACAUCUAUCCAUGAAGAAGAAAAAGCUCUUUAGGUCCAGACUCAUCCCACCCUAAGCAACCAAAAUUGCUUCUCAGCUGCAGUGCAGUGAACACAGGUGGAAAUCUCGCUUUGUUGGUGCCAUGGCAAGAAACAGAUACCAUUAACUUCUAUAUCCAUAAAUAUAGGAAUUCAUUUAUUAGUAGUAUGUGAAGAUAUGUAUGUAUCCUGAGAUACAUGUCUAUCUCCAUGUGUGUAAAUAGAUGAAAUAUUUUAUUCAGUAUAUUUACUGAGGUCCUCCAGAGACAAAUGAUUAGAUUAUUACUCAAUAAUUUUGCUGUAUUAAGGAAUGUGUCAAACAUGUAAAACAUCUCUUUAAAAAACUCAGAGUAUAAAUUUUUUGAAAUGUUUCACAAAACAUAUCAGAUCUUGCUCUCUUAAAGAAGGCUUUUGUCCAUUAAACAAAAGAUGAAAGAUUCUUAUGUAUAUCUUAAUUCCAUGGCAAAAAUAAAGUUUCCAGGGGCAAAAGCAAAUAUUUAAAUAUUUUCUGCAUGAGAUGCACUGCACACGUACAAAUACGGACAGUAAUUAUCUUUCUUUUUCCGAAAGAACACCAAAUAAUACACAGUUGUUAAGGAUCAAAUCAAGUCCUCUUUUAUGUAUUCUGUCAAGGCAAGCUCGCUCAUUGAGCAUGCUUCUCUAUGAAUUGCUCAGGAAGUGUUGUGAUAGUCCUUCGUGAGGCAAUCAAUAGGUUUCAGCAGAAUUUUUGAUUCUUUUCUGCAGAAAAGCAAGUAUUUUCAGGAAUAGCAUGCCAUUAUGCCUAAGCCUCUCAACAUGGCAUUCACAGGAAGAUGUGGGUCAUAGAAAGUCGGAAAUAAGCAAAUAUUGACAUAACUGGGAAUUGAAUAGGCUAUUAGAUACAGUCUGCAUUUAAAAAUUGAUCUACAUUCUCCAAACUGUGCCAGUCUUUCUCUGUUUUGUUUUUGUUUCUGUGUUUUCAAUACAUAUGCAUGGGCUUAUCAUGUUAUAUCAGACAGGCCAUUAUGAAAUAUAGCCCAAAAGCUUUUAUGUGUUAACAAAAUAACUUUUAUUUAUAUAAAUUCCUAAUUCUAUAGUUAAGAUUCUGAAUACAUAUUCUGAAUCAGUGGAAAUUAGAUGUGAGAUUUCCUGUCCUUUGCAAUCUUCAGACUCUGUUCUGUAGAACCUGCUAGAGGCUGUGGAGGCUCACGCUUACCCUGCUUUCCCCCGGAAAGCUUUACGCAUUGGUUAUUAGGAAUGAGAGUCAGUUUCCCUCAGUAGUUCCCUUGUGUCUACACCAACGUGACUGAGUCCAGAAACGAGAAGUCAUUCAUCUCUCUCUCCAAAGCAAGAAACUUAGGAGGGGACACUGAAGUCAGGUUCACCUGGGCUAGUCUCUGGGAACUACAUUCAUCAUCCUGCCUUGGGAGUAGAAAAGAGAAGUGAUUUCUUCUGUGAAUCCAUUGCUGCCCGGAGCAUUAGAUGAUCAGCUCAAACAUACUUGCAUAGCUAAGUAUGAUGCUGUCCAAUCCAAGUUGCCAGCCGUGCCCAGCAUACCUGUGCUUAUUGUCACAUGUCUUCUGAAGGUUCAGUUUCUACUCAAUGAGCAUCAGGAUUAAAUACUGUGUUGGUCGGCUGACCAGCAUGAGAAGUGCCCCAGGCCACUUUUCCUCCAUGCCCACUUACAGGUUUCCUGUGAAGCAACGACUUCCUGUACCAAAACGAAGUUGUAGUUUACCUCACUCACUGUAUAGCGCCCAGCUCACACAUAGAUGUAAACACAAGCAUUAGAGUGCUCUACGCAGUUCUCAAUAAACCUUCCAGGCCGCGAUAACCAGGUAAAGCCGUGCUGUCCCUUGUUUACUAGCUGCAGGAUAAGCAGGCAUAUAUACCGAGGCCUCCUUCCCUUUCUUGAAAGUCUUACUAAACACUCUCUCUUGGUUUUCUGUUUAUCUAUUCCACAUCCAACAUGUAGCAAAUAAAUUUGCUUCGUUGCCAUCAAAGGACUGAGAAUAAAAAACAAACCAUUGUACAAAUUGCAUUUCAAAAUAAACUAAUAAAUAUACAGUCUGCAUAACUCACUCACCUGGAAUAAUGCCGUUCACUCGAUGUCUUCUUAUAGGGCAGAACACUCUCAUAAGUGGGGGGUUUUAUGGUUUUUGGUUUGGUUUGGUUUUGGUUUCUUUGGUGUUUUUUUUUUCAUAUCAGUAACAUGCAGCUUUUCCUCUCACAGUGUUUUCUUUUCUUUUUUAUUUUAUUUUUAAAAAUGAAAACAAACUAUUUUUUCAUUUUACAUAUCAAUCCCAGUUCCCACUCCCUCCUCUCCUCACAGCGUUCUCUAUAGAAACGUAUUAUGUUUCUUAUCUUCAUAAAAAAUAAAUACUGCUUUUGAAGAAAAUGGCUCAAUUAUUUAGAACUGAAUUGAAACUUUAAAAGGUGUACAACAUUACCAAGGUACUUUCACAAACGUUUCUAACAGGAAUAGCAAGAUGGGCAAUUGCUAAGAGGCCUGGCUCCUACCCACAGGCCUCCAUGCUCCCUGCCUUACAGUUGAGGCAGUGGUUGUUCCUUCCCCUCUCUUUGCUGGUGAUCUUGGCUUCUUCUGUGUUUCUUUCUCCCGGUCAGCCUUUCUAUGAAUUCUCCUCUAAUAUUGCCCACCUAAGGUUCCUGUCCUUUCUCUUCCUUUAGGCCUUAAAUUAAGAUCAUCAUAUCCUCACCCUUUUUUUCCCUGCCCUUCCAUAUGUAUCUGGCUGGACCAGCUGGUGGGUCACUGCUGCCCACUCGGGGAACCAGUUGAGGUUUCUCCCUGUGAAGAAGCAUAGACUAUGACCACAAAGAGGGGCCUCUUACAGUCAAGGAUUGAUCUUUAUGGCAUUCUGUCAGAGACAGAAUUGAAGCUGCAAAGAGCUAAGGGAACCCUUGUUUCUAGCUUAGAGAAUAAAUAAGUACAGAAAUAUGUGUGUUAUAUGAAAAAAAUCAAUAUUAUCAGCAGAAAUAUGAACCAAUGUGUUAACCAAGGGGUAGGAAUGGAAAAAAGAAUAAAAAAUACUGUGUGUGAUAGUAAAUUCAGAUAGCUUAAAGAAAGCAUCAUGAAAACUAUAUGUAAAGCAUUAAAUGUAAGUGCAUUAAAAAUUUCACUUCAUCUCCUAAAGUGUACAUGCAUACAGUUUUACUCCCCUGCUAACUCAACAGAUAUCCAAAUGGCUCAUACCCUCACAGGCUCUUCUGGUUCCGCACAAAGUUAAAAUUCUCAGAUCCGUAUUCAUUUCUGAAUUCCUAGAAAAUACAUUUUUGUUUAUUGGCAGCCCUAUCAUAUGUUCUGGGAAAUAGAAUAUUUAUAGUGCAUUGGUUUUAUCAACAUUAACUCAAAUUCCAUUGUUUUUAAAGAUCAAAUUGAAUACUGAUAUCUACAAACAUAAAAGAACCCUCUGAGAUGUGUCAAAUAAAAUAGACAUUAUUGGGUAAUCUAUGAGAAGUUUGAUUAUUGCUGUUGAAGUUAUAUUUUAUUUUUAUCCUUCUAUUGAAAAUAAUUUUUUAUACAAUAUGUUCUCGUUACAGUUUCCCUUCCUCAA